AUGGAUUACCGGCGACUCCAACACUCCUAUCCGCCCCGGCCAUCGCCUCUGGGAACUUCAGAGCCUCGUGUCGAUCGGCAUUCCGUUGCGCCUGAGUCUCACGGUCGUCGACCCGAAUCCGACAAACCUCGAGCGUACCCUUCUGCAAACUCUACUCCCUCCCCGUCGCAAAUUUACCACUCGACCGCCACCCGAGGGUCACUCGCUGCUCUCCGUGGAGAUACCCUCGGCGCAUAUAUUCCCUCGAGACAAGGUCAGGCACAUCGUCGGCAUGGGAGUUUGGAAUUCCGAAACCAUACCCAGACACAUCGCCGGAAUAAUUCGCAACCACACACUGUCCGAAAUCAUGAAGUCGGGCUUUUGAAUGCUUCCGUUAUGAACCAUACGCCACACGAUACGGCGCGUCGUACCUCGCAGGGCAGUAGUGGGAGUCCUGGACUCACUGGUGAGCACCGACCCAGGCCCGAGAAACCCGUGCAACCGUCCGUGUCGCGAUACAUUUCGUCACUCAAGUCGAUCACACAGGCGCGGACACGAACAAUCGGCCCCUCCCACCUUUGGUAUUCGUCAAAUGCCGCCUCCCUCACCUCCACACUCUUAUUCUUCGCGAGCCCAAUCUGCCCAGUCCAACCACACACCUGGGGGCCCAUGAUGUCGCGCGAUGUCCCUAGUAGCCAAGCGCACCGGCCCGGCAGUAGCAUGUCGAUUUCCGCUAUGCUAGGCUCCGAGCCGGAGCGAUCUGCGCGAGAACCAGUGCGUGAAUCAGGGCCUUUCUUCUCGCGACCAUCGGCAUCAUCGAUCUUCGGUAAUGCACCCCCCUCAUCUUCCUCCGCCGCGAUGUCGCCACCCACCGCCCCGGCAAGGCCAUCUCCUCUUGAUAAUUCUUUGUUCCGUCGCUCGCAAACACCAGAAAAGCCAUAUUCACGGCCCCAAGGCGCCCGCACGUAUCGGUCUGGAUCUGGUGGUGGUUCCAGCUUGCUCGGUGCAGAGCAAUCGGUGUUCGGGGGCUUGACGCGCUCAUCGUUGUCUCAAUACCCCGAGAAACCGCACUCAACACAUCCCUCGCCCCGAAUUUCCACGGCAGACACGCCGUACACAGAGCCUCGUCGCAUGAGUCUGAACGGGCCGAUCGCUCGGCCCAGCAGCCAACCACCUCAGGUCGAUGCAUCCACGCGUCCACCAGGAUACAGUCCCAUCUCUCAACCUGGUGGUGUUACUGCAGAACGUGCAUUUGAAUCUGGCCCACGGUCUGCGUCUGGGUCAUACGCGACUGCUGACCCACAGCAACACGGUCGGUUUGGAAACAUCUUUGGCGAGCGUCGGUCGGAGGAGACUGCACAACGGGAUCGCGAACGCGCUCCCACCCAUGCGCCCGAAGCCAAACCAUCCCAGUCUGGGCCAUUCCGAUAUGGUUCACACUACGGCGAGCGUGAGCCGCUUGAUCGUCACCAGGGCGGCUCGUCAUGGGAUCACGGUCGCUCGCACCCUCCCUCGCCGGAGAAUAAACGUUAUCACGCACCGGAUCACGGCUCGACUUUCGGGUUUGGUGCUAUACAGAGCUACACGAAAUCACUAGGAUCACAGCCUGGCGGAAACAGACAGCCCGCGGGUUCCCUACAGUCUCAGAACAACCAGCCCACUCCUCCACCCCAGGAUCCCUACAGCAGACAACAGUCGCAGUUACCGCGUCUCGGUACUACGCCUAGUAUCACUGCAUCCACGGUUGCCGCCUCGACGAGUCUUGCCACUUUAGCUGACGAGGGACGUCGCAAAGGAAGCGAAGAGCUCCUCCACCAUCGCAACUUACUGGCCGUUGGUGCUGAUGGAAAACGUGGAGGUCGUGCAUCUCCUCUUCCCCAAGCUGUUCAAGGCGCCCAGGCUCCGUUCAUUGGCCCAUCUGGGGAGACGGCAAUCAAGAAUGAACUUGGCCGUGUUUUCUCGGGUAUUGGAAGUGGCGUUGGUGGUGUGGGUGCCACCACUGGUGGUAGUGGACAAUCGACACCACUAGGCUCAAGUCCAUUCAAACGCGAUAGCUUAACUGGCCGUUCAAUGAAUGGAGAGCCGAUGGAUGAAGCGGCACGGAUCGCUCGACCUUCCUCCGCCUCUGGCCGACGCUCAAGGAAAACGCGGGAUGAGGAACAGAUGGAAAUUGAGGCCAAUGAUCCUCGAGGAUUGUUAUCAGCACGUAAUGCACGUCGCUCUCGGCAUGCUCAUCAUCACCAUCACCAUCACCACCAUCACCGCCACAAAGCAGAUGAAGAGGCCGCCACUCUGAGUUCUCUUCAUCGUCCUACCAACUUCCACCGCACUUCCCCAGCUGAUCCUGCUGGACAUCACCACCACCAUCACCAUCACCACCACCCCCCUCGACAAGCCACAAUCCCAGCUGCGUCUCCCAUACGAGAGCCUCGAAUUACAGUCACUAUAGAGCCAAUAGUGUCUAGUGUCUCUCACCUCCCUCGUCAUCAUCUUGGCUCCACACUUUACACUCCCCGUGUAGGUGCUCCCACGGCGAAAUCCUCUGUGGAAAGCUCCAAGUUUGGGUACACAACAACCCCCCAACCCCUUCCCCGCUUCGAACAGCGAGAGAAUUGCACUUUCACCGUCCGAGUGCCCCGCUGGCGCAUCAACCAGUCCCAUCGGGAGGAGAUUUGCGCGCGUCGCGCAAUCUGGGGUACUGGUGUCUAUACCGACGACUCAGAUCCCGUCGCCGCCGCCAUCCACUCUGGCUUUAUCCGCGGUGCCUGGGGCGAGGAUGUCGAUGAGUCGAUGCUCGACCUCGAGAUCAAAGACACAUAUCAGCACGCCCCGCCCCCGACCGAUGCCGAAGGCAAAAAGCCCGAGUCUGAGGCCAAGGUGCCGCGCAUCCCACCGGUACCCCCGGCAGACAAGGAUCUGCACAUCACUUUACUUGUCCUCCCUCGCGUAAACCAGUACGAUUCCACUCUUCUGUUUGGUCUCAAGUCCCGCAAAUGGGAUGGUCGUCAUGACGGCAUGAGCUUCAAAGUUCAUGCCGUCGACUGGGUCGACGAGGGCGUCGGCCGAGGCGAAGAGCGCGGCGGUGAGGCUCGUCGCAAACGUCUACGCACUCUCAUGCAAACCGGUCGCAUCUGCACCGGGCCUGCGAUGGCAAAAAUGAACGAGCUUCGCCGCACGGGUGUGCAGGUCCCUCGCUCCAUGGAGACCCAGGACCAGGCGGCGGCGGUGCAGCUCGUCUCUUGA